ACCUUAUCAAGUUCAUUGUUUCUUUCAGGUGAAGCAGCAGCAGAAGAAGAAGAAGAAAAAGAACAAACAUCAUCAUCCCUUCAGUCUCGAAUGUAUUUGGCGGGUUUGGGGAUUUUUUGUAUACUGGUAGCUGGAACAGCUAUCUACAUGAGCGUAGAGAUUAACAAGCAGCAGGAAAAGAUCAAUGAUCUUACAACAGAAAAAAGGAAAAUAACUGAGCAAAGAAAAAUAACGAAGAACCAGGAGCUGAGCCGAGUGAGCCAAGCGGGAGAGGAGCUAUUUCGAAAGAAGGAGGAGCUGAGCCACAUGAGAACUACGCUGCAGCUAGUGAAGGGAGACAGAGCGCUGCUGAGACGAGAGAUGGAGGAGCUGAGCCGAGAGACGGAGCAGCUGAGCCAAAAGACAGAUGAGCUGAACCAGUUGUACAAAGAGAAAGAUGAGCUGAGCCACGCGAGAGAUAAGUUAACCCAAGAGAUAGAAAGGCUGACCCGAGAGAGAGACAAGCUGAGCCAAGAGAGAGAAGAGCUGAAGGAGACUCUGGAAUUCAUCCAGAAGUUUGACACCUUUUCAGUUAAAGACAACUGCCCCAACAAAAGGUGUAAGCCGUGCCUGCAAGACUGGAUUAUCUUCAAGAAGAAAUGCUACCUGUUUUAUGACGAACCGGCUCCUUGGAAGACCUGGGAACAAAGUCGAAGGUUCUGUCAGGACAGACGAGCAGAUUUGGUUGUAAUUGAUGAUCUGGAGGAGCAGGAAUUUGUCAACAAACACAUCAACCAUGAUAAACACAAUGGAUACUGGAUGGGAUUACAACAUCUUAACAGCAAGUGGACCUGGGUUGAUGGACGUGCAGACACUCUUGGGUUCUGGAUGAAGCAGACGGUCACCACUCUGGCACCAAAAGCUCUGGUGGUUCCAAGACAAAAUCCCUCAGAGAGCUGGAAGAAAGCAGAUAAUGUGUUUCUGAACAAAUUCAUCUGUGAGCAUAACGCUCGACUGAGGUCCAACUGACUGUUCUCUUAAAGUUUCAUGCAGGAAAGCUCAACUGUGUCAUGAAUUUCUAUAUACAAGUCAUCAUCACC